UUUCUCCGUCAAGUAUCGAAUCAGAUUUACAUGUACUCUUCCGUUCAAAGUUCCCACCGAAGUGAUACAUUGGGAGAUGCGGCACGGUUGCGCGCCCCUUCCAUCGAGGGAUUCCGCGUCGACUGUGCCUCAUCUCAAACAUCGGUAAGCGGUCCCAAGGCUUCGAAGAUCGUUUUCCAUGCACGUAGCAUUCGAAUUCUGGGAUCAGAUCUCCAAGAGGACGUUAUAUGCGGACCAUCACCGGAUUUUUGAAGAGAAAAUCAACCAAAAUCAACCGCAGCCAUCCUCAUGGGCGCAAUCAGAAAUCCCGUCUUCUUCGAGUCAUAUCAUCCCACUGAACCGAGCAGUCAAGCAGACGGCAUACACAUCGUUGAAGAACGACCAGCCACACAUAGAAGAACCAAGCGAAAUCUACCAAAGCUUCACUUGAACACUUCCAAGGCAGUACUGAACCUCGACCUUCGAGAUCGCAUCUACGAGGUGAAUCCCGAGUGCAUCCACCACGACACUCCCGAUCGAGAGGAAACUAAGCACAGAAUCCAGAUCCCGUCCAAACAAAUCAUCAUGUGGCCGAAACUCGCCGAGACGGUGCUCCUCUCAGCGACGAUCAGCGUCCUCCUAGUCGAGUUAUCCGGGGCUCGCUUGGUGCAUGACAAAUUCCUCGAGUUCCUGAGAACAGCGUUCGCCACGAGCGCGAUGUUGAUUCUCAGCGGCGAGAUCAGAGGACACUGUCUCCGUCGUCGGCGGGAGUUGUUGUCUCUGGGAUCUUCGUCCCAUCAUCCCGAUCUUUCCGCCCAUCAUCGAUGGCGGACGGUCGUGAAGGCGUUGGCGAUCAGCAUCUCCAUGUUCGACUAUUUCGCUUUUCCGGACUCGGGAUGGGUUCCUAAGGAGCAGCGGUUUUGGAAGUCGAUGCCUCUGUUGGCCAGUGCGGUCUUAUCGCUGUAUCUCCGGGACUGACAAACAUGGGUGUCGCUAACCACCCCCGCGAAACUUGGACUGUAGAUGUAACAAAAUCGAAAGUUUCCCAAUCAUCAAAUGGUCGAAGGAAGAGUUUCAAAGG